CUCUUGAUCACCGCUGGUAAUUAGCUUUGGCAAUUCAAAAUGGACGACUUAUUUGGCGACCUCCCUCCACCUUCAAGUGGAAAUAACGAGUCGAGCUCAGCUGGAAAUUUGUAUGAUGACCUUCCUUCAUCGGAGAAAAUUGAAGACAAGAAAAGGAAACUCGAAGCUACUGAAGAAGAUGCUUGUACCCCAGCGAAAAGACCACUAAAACAAUCUAAAUACAGACUAAGGGGCUUUGUUGCCGAGAGGAAAGGAGAAAGAAAUGACAUGCAAGAUGCUCAUGUUAUUAACAAUGAUUUCCUGGAAGAGUUUGGUGCAGACAAACCUCUUGGAUUCUCUCGGAUGUGUUACUAUGGAGUGUUUGAUGGACAUGCUGGCCCCAAAGCUGCUCAGUUUGCAGCUGAACACCUGCACAAGAACAUUGUGCUCAAGUUUCCAAAAGGAGAAGCUGCUAACAAAGACAAAGAGAUAAAAAGAUGUGUAACAGAUGCAUAUAAAAAGACUGAUGAAGAGUUUCUGCUAGAAGCAUCAAAGGCGUCACCAGUUUGGAAAGAUGGAUCAACUGCUGUCACUGCCCUUGUUAUGGAUGAUGUUUUGUAUGUUGCAAACCUUGGUGAUAGCAGGGCACUUCUUUGUCGUUGUGGUGAAAAUGGAGAGACAUCAGUGGUUUCUCUUUCCAAGGAUCAUUCUCCAUCUCAGUAUGAGGAAAGGAUGAGGAUUCAAAAGGCUGGAGGAACUGUCAGGGAAGGUCGAGUUCUUGGUGUCUUAGAAGUGUCGCGUUCAAUCGGAGAUGGUAGAUUUAAGAGAUGUGGAGUCAGCUGUAUCCCGGACGUCAUGAGGUGCACUCUAACAGACAACGACAGAUAUUUACUUCUAGCUUGCGAUGGUCUAUGGAAGGGAUUUUCAGUAGAUUCUGCCUUAAAAUUCAUUAACAACAUUUUGGAGACAGAAAAUAGCGAAGAAACUUCCCAAAAGACCGAGAACAACACAGGUCUGGAAGAUGUACAACUCGACCCAGUUUCCGCGCGCUUCCAGGACGCGUGUAACAAAAUCGCUAGUGAAGCCAUCAGGAAUGGAAGUUCUGAUAACGUCACUGUGAUGCUGGUAUCAAUUACAAAGCAGUAGUUUUGCCAUCUGCCUCCCCACCCCCUUCGUCGUAGGAUCUGUAUUUCGCCAAUGAGAGUUACCUUUAUCAAGAUAAAUUGGCAAUUAGCAGCAUGCCAUGAUAGCACGAAACUGUCAAUAUUUGCGUGGUAUGUGUUGUGCAAGUAAGAAGUCAGAAGUUCAUUUUACUUUAUACAUAACGUAUGGAGAUUUUCCAUGAAUAUCAAGUAGAACGACUUGUAACUAUGAUCAAAACAAACUGGAAAACUGAUGGAAAGUCAAGAGGCUCCUUGGUUGUACAUUCUGGACUGACGAGUAACUUUAUUUCCAACUUGGAAAUCUACACUUUACAUCUGUAAGCUACAUGUAAUGUGUCUGUAAAUAGAUAGUUCAAAGUUGAAUCCAAAUUCCAAUUUACUCUGCCCGUAGAUUA